UGAAGUGCAGAAUACUUCCUUUUUAUAGAAUCUUUUGAAUCAUAUUUCAUCUUGUAAUGGAAGGGUUUCGGUUCGGGAUUUACAUGUCUGUCAUAUUCUUCGUUUCUUUUCACUUUGAACUUGUAACGGCAGUAAAACAAACAUCUGCAGUUAUUUUACAGGUUCAAUCAGUGCCAAACGGAGUGUCGUCUGCAAAAUUGAUAGAAUGCGCGUUUCACCUUAUGAAAUCAUCGGACAGUUCUUUCGUAAGAAUUGCUGAAGGAAGUAACGUUUGUGAACAACUAGCACGUCCUUCGUCGACGAGCUCAAAUUUCUUCGAGAAAGGCUUUGAAUACUUAGAAAAGUCUACAUUGUAUAACGUUUUCAAUGAAGAGGAUUCCUUCAAUGAGGGAAUUGCACAUUACAUAUACAAAGAAGUAAACAUUGGAGACAAAUUUGAUUUCGUGUUUCAUAUGUCGAAGUCAGACAAGUUGACAGUGUCGUUUAGAAACAUGGCAAAAACAGAUGUCGCUCUCAGACUCAAUGAUAAUUCAACGCAUUUAAGAUUGAUUACUAUUGAAGAUUCUAUUACAAUAGAAAGGAAAACACUUGCCUCUCCUUUCAAGGACUGUCAAAUCUACAAGAUCAGUUUUGAGGUACUUGAGCAUCACUGGAAGAUUACAAUAAACGGCGAAGUGUUGACAACAUUUGACCAUCACGGAUUGAUUACAUACAUCGAAAUGAUCCGUAUCAAGUUAGGACCUUCUGUCAACUAUCUGUCAAAGUAUUUCAACCCAAAGACACUGGUGUUCAGUGACCAUGUUUGGUAAAUUAAGUUAGUUUCUGUGAUGAAACUAUCAAAACAAGAGUUUUGUUAGGUGUUUUAAUAAACAAUUGAAAGAAAUAUAUCCGCUGAUACAUGGAUAUACUCACGUCAGAUAUCGAUAUUCGAUUUGAUUCAGUUCCACCCAUUGUUUUCUCUAUUAGGGUACAAAAAUUCAUUUACUUAGGGACCAUACAUCGCUUCUAUGAAACAGCACUAACGUGUCACAUUGUAGGUUCGUUCCAUGUUAUUCAUCUUAUGAACAAAUCUGCAGAUGUUUCUAAACUCAAAAGUUUACCAUUUCAUGUGUUUAAUUUGACCUUGAUUCAUACCAUUGUAAAUAGAAUGUUGCAAAAUAAUUUCACUAAAAACAGUCGGGAUCCGGGACUGUAGUAUAACUGUGAUCCAGAGAUUUUGAUUUCUGCCAUAGUUUAGCUUAAACAUAUUUUAUUUCAAACAUUUUAACACAAACAUAUUUUAUAUACAAUCAUUACUUACAUGAUAAAUAUACAAUGAUAAAAAAAAGAAUCAGAUCCGAAAUCAUAAAAUGCUUAUAAAGGUCUUUUCCUAACAUAAAAUUCAUUACUGUAAAUUUAGCGGUAUAUUUCAUGUUCAAACUAUAUCAUAAAAACCUUUUAUUGAUAAUGAACGUAGAAAGAUGAGGAAGGCAAAAGUGUCAGUUAAGAGCUGAAAGUAGAAAAUUUUAGAGUUGAAAUAAGUUAGAUAGGAAACUUUACUGUACUUCAGAACAUGAUUUUAUAAUAUUAUACAUGUACGAUCGAUUGUGUUUCUUUGACAAUAAUUGUUUAAACACUAGCUCGCUAAUACUUCAAUUGAAACUUUGAUUAAACGAAUAUAGAUCCUUAGUGUGAUUUUUGCAUGCCAAAUUACCGUCUUUGCAGACCGAUAUAAUCCUGAUAUUGUUGUUAUUAUUGAAUAUCAACCAUAACUUUUGAUCAACGUAAGCGUCAAUACUUUGUUUUAUUCAAAUUUUAGUAUGCAUUGCUUCUAGAUACGACACAUGUAUUCAGAUAAUUCGUUCAAUGUAUGAUAACAAUAUGAAAUUAAAACGUGAACUAAAUUCAGUUUA